CCUUGAAACAUAAUGGAAACUCGCAGCGUCGUCUUCACACUGCCACAUAUGGGGCGGAUAAGCACGCGCAAAAGCUGAUACAGAUCUACCUUUUUGAGGAUCACUGCUGAGGAGAAAGCAAAUCCGUUUCUUGCUGCCAUUGCGGCGAUGCGAGCUGAGCUUCCAGGCAUUUUGGCAGAGGGCGGCUCCUCAAUGGUCAAACGGAAGGCUCAGGGUGGGCUUUCUGAUGACGAAGAGUCACGAGCAGGUUCAAUGGAGCUGAAGAUGAUUGGGCACGGACAUGAAGGUGGUGCAGGGAACGACGACACUGUUUCCAGCACUGAGCGACGGGAGGCUGGUGGGGAGGAUUUUAAUAAAGCGGCAACGGACUCGCCAAUGGAGGAGGAGCAGGAGUCUGCGGCACCCAUGGAAGUGCAACGUGUUCCUAGCUUGAGGGGGGGUAGGGCAGAGGAGUCGUCCACAAGCCAAGAUUGGCAAGCUUCAAACCCCGAGGGUUUGACAAAACAGGGCUCUGCUGAGAUAAUUGCACAUUUUGACAAGUAUGCAGACACCUGGUUUCAUGAGUACAGGAUGAGGUUGGAGAAGCUGAAGAAAGCGAUCAGUGACGACGCGGGCGCGGAACAGUGUAAAGAGCUUGUGGAAGAGAGCCUCCGUGCAGUUGUAGACCUGUUUGCGGAGAAGUGUCGGGCGGUAGACGCAGAUGUCCUCCAUGUAAUGGCGGGCCUCUGGAGGACGCCUUUAGAGGUGUCGUUUCUUUGGAACGGGGGCCUGCGGCCGACCACUCUCUUCCAGCUGAUCUAUCAUAUGGUUGGGUCCCAAAUUGAGAACAGCUUGGGCCUGCUUUUAAGCGGGGGGGCGUUCCCCCCAAUGGCCAGCCUGACAGGGAAGCAACUGGAAGAGCUGUCGAGUAUGCAGCUCGCGACUACAAAAAUUGAAGAUGACUUGAGUGACGAGUCUGCAUCACUGCAAAUGAAUCUUGCCGACCUGCCCCUUCCCGGCCUGGCUGACCCUUCCAAAGCAGACCCAGAUGCUUUCUCUGUGAGCAUCAAGGCUGCAAUGCACGAGAGGUUAGUUUCGCUGAAGCAACUGGUUCAUCAGGGAGACGAAUUGAGGUUAACGACGGUGAAGAAGGUCUUGGGUGUUUUGACAUGGCGACAGCAGGUUGAGCUCCUAGCCGGGAUGUCUGAACUUGUUCUGGCUCUCCGGAAAAUCGGCGAAGCUGCAAAAGUGAAGACCUACUUAUGAGGGCCCCUUGCUUUGAGUCAGUUCUACUGCGUCCGUUAAUCGGAGGGCUGAUAUGACUAGCUUGACAUUGACAAGCAGCAAAAAUGCUGGCUUGGACUGUAACCAUAUAGAGGGUUUGUAUAUUGGGAUCAUUACGAUGGGUCUCCACUUUCAGGCGAGUACAUAACACUCCAAUGGAAGGUGACAUUGAUACGUUCUAAACAUUUGAUGGUUUCUUAAGUUACUAGAUCAGUUGCUUUGAAGUCGGAUUAAGUUGCUUUGAAACUGUGCAAACGAGCUUGAAAACUAGACAUACAUCCAGUUCAUUUGGAUAGGGGACAGUAUAAAGAAGGAAUCCAGCGCACUCGUUGGCGGCACGCAGUUGUUGUUGAUCUCAAACCAUAGGCGUGGUGCCACUGCACAUGUGGCUGCACCAAGACGCACCCGCUACGUCUCGUCGUUAGCAGAGAGUUGCAACUUGCUUGCACGACAUCAGCGAGUGUAGAUUUUACAUACGCUAGCCACCUAUUAUGGAAGCUCUAUUAGGUACUAGAUUAUGCUAUGCAGGGCCACAGACCAGAUGGCCGUCAGUUGCAGCUGGCUGAGUGAGAAUUCUCUCCCAAGUGUGCCAGGAU